GGAUUGUCUACUCGCACUUCGGUACUUCCAGGUGGUCCGGCCGGUCAUGUAGCUUCUUCUUCUUCUUCUUCUUCUUUUGUAGCUCUACGAUGAUCGGAAGUGUGUUCUCUUUGUAUCUGUUGCUUCGCCCUCAGGUUGGAUCCCGUUUAGUGUGUCUGCGAUUUUACAGACUUCUCGGCGGAGUUAGAAAUUUUAUUCUUUCGAGUCCCUCCGUCUACGAUUCUCCAUCGUGGAUGCAGUAGUACCUAAUGUAGGAAAUCGAUUUUAUUUCUUUUUGCUUCUCCACCUCUUUUGAGAACUCCUCGCUGCAUUUCCUAAAUUUUGUUAACAUAUGAUUUUUUUAAUUUAUUUGUUUUUGCUGUCACCUGUUCAUGCUGUGUGGGACGGAACGUUAUCAAUGAUGAAAAUGACAGCAAACCUUUUAAUUUUACGAUUAGGAUCAUGUGUGCAGCCAAAGAACCAAAAUUCUUCAAUUGUGUUUGCUUUAGUGUGCUUUAAGCAAAGUGUAGCACAUCUCCCUUUUCUCUGUAUUACUCAGCUUUACUUACAUCGUCUAUCAAAAAGCGGUAUCGUUUUAAGGACGUCGUCGUACUUGAUCAUUAGUAAAUUUAAUGUGUCUCAAUGCGUGAGUUGGCAAUUGUGUGCUGGCUGAUCGUCGAGCAAAACCGUCCUUUCAGCUGUAUCGUUUAACAUCAUCCCUGAUCGUGAUUGAAACUGCUCUUGUCCGAGGGUUUUGUGCUGCAAUUUUAGCGGAGUAAGACUUUGCAUGGAUUGAUUCGCUACCUGCAAUUAGCCAUACUUAUCAGAGUAUAUAUGUAAAGAAUUUAAGUGGCUGCUUGACGAUUAUGCAUGAAAAUUUGAGGGCAACAUCAAGAGUUAAAAAGCGAUUGUGAGAAUUAGCCUGAUGGCUGUAUCUAUGAAGAAUGUCGACCCUGCAUUUCAUGGAGUCGGACAGAAAGCAGGAAUGGAUAUAUGGCGCAUGGAAAAUUUCAAGCCAGUACUAUUGCCUAAGGAAUCCCAUGGAAAAUUUUACUCGGGAGAUUCUUACAUUGUGCUCAGGUCAACAGCAUUGAAGUCUGGAGGGCUUCACUAUGACAUUCAUUUUUGGCUUGGGAAGGAUACUAGCCAGGAUGAGGCUGGUGCAGCGGCAAUUAAGGCCGUAGAGCUGGACGCUGCUUUAGGUGGUCGCGCGGUUCAAUACAGAGAAACCCAGGAGCAUGAAACAGAGCUUUUCUUAUCUUACUUCAAGCCAUGCAUUAUUCCUAUGGAAGGCGGUGUUGCUUCUGGAUUCAAGAAGUUGGAGGUUGAGAAGGUCGAGCCUCGUUUGUUCGUCGUGAAAGGAAGACGCUCUGUCCGAGUUGCACAGGUGCCAUUUUCUCGUUCUUCACUUAACCAUGACGAUGUUUUUGUUCUGGAUACUGAAUCUACAAUCUUCCAAUUCAAUGGAGAAACUUCCAGCAUCCAAGAGAGAGGAAAAGCUCUAGAAGUCGUCCAGUAUAUCAAGGAUACAUAUCACGAUGGCAAAUGUGACAUUAUUAUCGUAGAUGAUGGUACUCUUGGAUCCGAGGCCGACACGGGUCAGUUCUGGGUGCUGUUCGGGGGCUUUGCUCCGCUUACAAAAAAGGCCACUGUAGCAGAUGAUGCUCCUGAGUUACCCAAGCCCAAGCUGCUCUGUAUUGUGGAAGGGAGCUUCAAGGGUGUGGAAAUCUCUAAAGAUGCGCUGGACAGUAGUAAGUGUUACGUUCUUGAUUGCGGUACUGAGCUCUACUUAUGGGCAGGUCGUAACACUUCACUUGAUGCAAGAAAGGCCGCAAUUUCAACUGCAGAGGGUUUAAUCACUGAACAUAAUACGGCGAAGUACACUAAAAUCACUCGGGUCAUUGAGGGAUUCGAAACGCUAGAAUUUCGGUCAUAUUUUGAGAAGUGGCCGUUGAAUGGACACCACACUGUUUCUGAAGAAGGAAGAGGCAAAGUUGCAGGUAUUUUGAAGCAGCAAGGUGUUAACACAAAGGGCAUUCUUAAGGGUUCGCCUGUCAAAGAAGAACUCCCAUCACUUCCAACUUUGAAUGGCAAUCUUGAGGUAUGGAGGUUGGUCGGUGGCGUAAAGAAAGAGGUUGCCGCUGGAGAUGUAGGAAAGUUCUAUGACCACAGCUGCUAUGUCGUGAUUUAUACAGUUCAGGGAGAAGAACAGAAAGAAGAAUAUCAUCUUUAUAGCUGGACUGGCCGGUACACCUCUCCUGAGGACAAGGUUGCAGCAACGAGAGUUAUGAAUGAGAAGAAUGCCGAACUUAAAGGGCGGGGAGUUCAGGCAUACAUUAUUCAAGGGAAGGAACCCACUCAGUUCCUGGCGCUGUUCAAAUGCGUUUGCAUAUUGAAGGAACAUACCCACCCAGGUCACAAAGAACAUUCAAUAAUGUUGGUGCGGGUGCGAGCUGCUGGUCCACACAUUGUUGUAGCUGUACAACUAGAGCCGGUUUCAGCUUCACUCAACUCCUCUGAUUGCUUUCUGCUUCAAACCAGCUCAAAGUUGUAUGCCUGGUCAGGUAACCUGAGCACUGCCGAAAGCCAGAGGGCUGUCCUGCGAGUGGCAGAAAUCUUGAAGCCUGGCGUAAUAGCAAGGCCCGUGAAAGAAAGUUUAGAACCCCCACUCUUUUGGAGUUCUCUAGGGGGUAAACGGAAAUAUGCAAGCCACUGUAAACCAAAAGAGAAUCCGAAAGAUCCUAGGUUGUACGUUUGCAGUUUAUCACAAGGAAAUUUGAAGGUGACUGAAGUGCACAAUUUCACUCAAGAUGAUCUUCUGAGUGAUGAUAUCAUGAUCAUGGAUUGUCACAAUGUCUUGUACGAGUGGGUUGGCCAGCAUGCAAGUUCGGAGGAGAAAGAGCAUAGUUUAGAUGUUGGCAAGAAAUAUAUUGAGCGAGCAGCAAGGCUGGAUGGGAUGCUACCAGAUACUCCGAUUUUUAUUAUUACGGAAGGCAACGAGCCGACGUUUUUCACCAGUUUCUUCUCGUGGGAUACCAGCAAGGUCAAUGUCAAUGGAGACGCAUAUGCCCAAAAGAUUGCUGAUAUUCAGGCGCGACAAGCACCUCAAGAGACACUCCAAAGGCGUCUUACACCAAGUGCUUCAGCCGGUACUAAAAGUGAAUCCACUCAGAGGGCAGCUGCUAUGGCUGCUCUUUCAUCACAAUUGACCUCAGAAGGAAAACUUUCUAAGGCUGCUCAAACUAUAAUCACUCAGAAUUCUGCCUCCGCUCCAGUAAGUCCGAAGGUUCAUCGACCAUCAGCUGCCAAUUCACAAAGAGCUGCGGCUAUGGCAGCUCUAUCCUUCAUGUUUGGUUCAAAACCAGCUCCAGCCUCAACGGUUUCAGUGGAUGCUGAUUGGGUUGCUGGGAGCUCACCCUUCACAAAAGCGGAAGCAACAGGUGAUACUGAUUCAGUAACUAGCUCAAAGACUUCCGAGGAUGGCGGUGAUGCAGGAGAGGAGAUUGCUGAAUUUUACAGCUAUGAUCGCUUGAAGUCGACAUCCACAAAUCCCCCUCCGAAAAUCAAUAUAAAAAGAAAAGAGGCCUAUUUAUCUCCUGAAGAUUUCGAGAAGCUAUUUGGAAUGUCGAGAACUCAGUUUUAUGAGAUGCCAAAGUGGAAACAGGAUCAACGCAAACGUCAACUUCUGCUCUUUUAGGUUUAUCAUUAUUUUUUUAUUUCAGUUGACGUGGAGAUCUAAGGUAUCUUUGAUUUACCUGCAAGAUUUAAUAACUUCAGUAGUAAGGGCCUCGCUCUCUCUCUCUCUCUCUCUCCAUGCAAAUCAAGUUUUUGGAGUAUUUCCAAACUCCACUUCAUUGAGAGUCUGUGAUAUUGUAGUAUUACCUUCUUUUAAGUAUUUGUUUAUUCUCUUGGAUAGAGGACUGUAGCCAUUCGUGCAAUGGUCUAACUUGUGGAAAAGAUCCGUCACUGGUGAAGUCAUCACUUUCAUUAGGUGUACCAUAGCGUAGUCUCCACAGUUUUUGCUUAUUUUGAAUGAGCAUUCGUAGAUAUAGUUUAGAAAGUAGCAUCUGGCAUAGCACCCAUAGUGAAAGUAGGCAGUAUGCGGUGACUUGUGGUGCUUAUCCAUGUGAAACAAACCAAGGAAUCAAAGCCGUUCAGGUUAUGAUGGCGCCUGAACUAACUCCCACAUCCCCGAGUUUAUGAAAGGAGUGGCAUAACAAUGUUAUUGUUAGGUUUAUUAUAACAAAUCGAAUUUGAAAUGACAA